CACACUGACUUUCAGUCAGUGCGCGGAAGGGGAAAAAAAAACAAAAAUAAUUUAUAUAUUUUCCACUGUCCGCUGCGCUGCUGAAAAAAUGGAUCGCACUUUCUACGAAGGGUGGCUAAUUAAAUCGCCACCAACAAAACGAAUUUGGCGUGCACGCUGGCGGCGACGCUGGUUCACGCUGAAGCAGGGCGAGAUACCCGAACAGUUCUGCCUUGAAUACUACACCGAUCACAAUUGCCGCAAGCUGAAGGGCGUCAUCGAUUUGGAUCAAUGCGAGCAAGUGGACUGCGGCCUGCGGCUGGAGAAUCGCAAGCAAAAGUUUCAGUACAUGUUCGACAUCAAGACGCCGAAGCGCACGUACUACCUGGCUGCCGAAACAGAGUCGGACAUGCGGGACUGGGUCAACUGCAUCUGUCAGGUGUGUCACCUGCAUGACACCAAGCAAUCGAAUGAGCUGCCACUAGGCUCCGUGGGAACAGACGAGAAUCGCACGCAGAACACCAGCUCCAGCGGUGGCCUGAGCAAUUCCACACAAAAUACAACCACAACUUCGUUGCACUCGUCGGCGGGCACCAUCGCCGCUCAGGCUACGGCAACGGGCGGAGCUGCACAGAUGCGUCGUCCUGUGGUCAUUGAUCAGCAGCCAAUGCCACAGAAUCCAGGCAACAACAAUUCGGACUCGGUCUAUGUCAACACGGAGUACAGCAAUCGGGAGACAAUGCUCUGCGAUGGAAACUUUGAUCAGCAAGACUUGCUAUCGGCCGCACAACAGCAGCCGCCACCCUCGCCGGCCACGGCGCUCUACUUGAAUCACAGUGCCCUGAUCCAGGCUCAGGCAGCGGCCGCAGCUGCUGAGCAGCAACAACAGCAACAGCAGGCUGCUCGUCUGGCGGUCAAUGCAAACGGAGUGGUGCGAAAGCUGCCGGAGCAUCUGGUGCUCACUCAACAAACACUGGCAGAGGCAGCAGCCGAGCAGCAGCAGAGCAGCGUGCAGGCAUCGCCGGCAUUGAGCACCGCCUCUGGACCGUACAUACCCAUCAGCGAGUGCUUCUCGGGCAGCCCCAAGUUCCUGCCGGGCCCAGACGGGGUCAUACCCAACAAUCCCACAACGCCGUUGAACAAUUUGGAUCCCAAGUUCUACGACACACCGCGGAGUCAUAACAAUAUUGGCCUAAACCUGACCAACGAUCAAUCCUACUCCCCCAAGAUAACCAACUUGAGUUUGCAACAGCUGGCGGCUAAUUCUGUUGGCAAACAACGCUCCGACUCGGACUCGGAGAGCGUCUUCACCGAUGACGAUGAGUGGGCGCAUCCCCUGCCACUCCGCGAGAAUGUGGAUCGCAGCACGCGGCCCUCGGAUAGUUCCAUCGAGAACGAAUCAUUUGUGCUGACUUAUUCGCAGCGUUUCUCCAAAAUGCCCGAGGAUGGUGCAGCCGUUGCUCCGCCACCCGACAAGCAGUCAAAGCUGGAGGCCCCAUCCACGCUGGCAGACGUAGGCGAUCAUCGCACACUGGAGAAACUGGCCAAGGUGCUGAAGAACAAGAAUAAUCUCAUACUAGACUUUAAGGAGAAUGAAAAAAUCACUCGCGAUCUGCCGCAGCUUUCGGAUACGGAAAACACAUCGCCAGCAAUUGUGGCACGGAGGAAUGCCAAUUCUGGUUUCAUUGAGGAGAGCUACGACAUUCCACGCUCACAUCAGCUGCCCUACUACAAUGUCAGCCAGCUGCUGGGCGAGCGACCGGUCACCAGUCCACACAACAGCAAUCCCAUUGCUGCCUCCACGCCGAACUUGAUGGCAGCGGCUGACCCGGGUGCCGUUGCGGCACUGCCAGUGGCAGUGGCAGCCAGUGCCUGCCCGACUCCGGCUACCAUUGCAGCCUCCUCGCCCACUAGUGCGCGUACGCUGCCACGCACGCACUGCUACACGAAUGCAGCGCCCACCAAAAUGGAGGAAAACGUGUUUCGGUAUGACUUCAUUGAGCAAUUGGACUGUCCGCCAGUGAACCGCAAACUGAAACCAAAGGCAGUCGGCACUCCAGCGGCCGUGGAGGAUAAGCCACCGGAGGAAUUCCCGGCCAAGCCACCGGUGGGCGUCGAGCAUUUAACCAGCAAACUGGGCGCCGCUCAGCUGCACUCCCAGCCGAUUGGACCGCCCAGCGUGGAUCGCAAAUGUAAACCAAAUGCGUACAAGCUUGGCCCUUCGGCCACCAUGUCGCCGUCAUCGCGUCGCUCUUCUGGAGCUCCACUCUCCAUGGUGCUGCCGCACGAAACCGAUCUACACUCAUCGGCGGUGGCGGUGGCUGCCUACUUCCACGAGACGCGCACUCUGCCACGCCAGCAGCAUCGCCAGCAUCCCAACAGUCCCGGCAGCCUCUCGGUGCAACAUCAGCGCACAGCGUCGGCCGCGGCUGCCAUGAUGACCUCCUCGGGCGCAGGACCGAAGCAGCAGCAGAUGCCGGCGCAGACAGAGCACAAGCUGCAGUACUUUGAUCUGGAUGUGACCAACAAGCCGCCGCUUCUCAAUCGCUCGAGCAUGAGCGUGGGCAAUCUCUAUUCCCAGGGUGGCAGCGCAGGAGCUGGCCAUCGUCUGGCAGCUGUGGAUGCCGGCGGAGCACGGGCUCCGGUGCCAAGCAGCGUGGUCUACAAUUCCGUGGACUUUGUCAAGACGGAGGCAUUCAAGCGGAUACGCGAGGAGCGCAACAAGGACAGCAACGAAAGCAAAUGAUAGCGACUCCCACGCCCUCCCUCUUGACUGCGUGCAAUCUCCAAGGAUCACCUGUAGUGCCUACCUGCAAAUUCCAUGUGGCUUUUGCGCUUGAAAUCAUCUCGAAAUGUAAACCCCUUUAAAUAUGCGAAACGAUCAGCGUUUUAUCUCUUCUCUCUUUGUGUGUGCUUCCGUGAAUCUGUAGUCCUCGUACAUCAUUUGUUGCUCGUUUCGCAUUUUCAAUCGUGCUUCCAACACUUCCACAAUACAUAUUAAUAGAUUAUAGUUCGAAUAAGCGUCUGAAUCAAAAUGCAAAAUGCAAAACAUGACAAGCCAGCGAGCGAUUUUAGUGCUAAUUUUUACAAUGCAAUGCAAGAACACAUUUUAUAUACACACCCGCAA